AUGCCCACUUACCGUGCCAGAACGGAAUUUUGCAGAACCCUGUGUGACCUACUGCCUUCCCAUGAUUUUUGUGCUCUUUGCGAUCGAGUUAUUCGUACCGAUGGCUUAAUCGCUCAUCUACAGGGAAUACAUGGUGAGCUGCUACGAUUUCCCUCGUCGAAACUUCUCCAGAAGCUUCCCGCAAUACAAUGUGAACUCUGUUCUAGAGUUUUCGAGAUAUUGCGCCAUUCUUGUUACGCCGCCCUAGAACGACAUAUGCUCAUGGAUCACGAUGUUGCAAUGCGAGAAGUGUACUUCAGUUUUUUCAGUGGAACGAAAAGGAUGACUUGCGGGUAUUGCGGCGAGAACGAAAGAAAUAUUAUCGAUCAUUUACUCGAAGUGCAUGGAAAACAAAUCGUUGUUUCAUUCAAGCCGAUUGAAUGUUCACGUUGCCAGAAACAAUUUGAGCUAUCCGUGCACUACGAGCACCAUAUUCAAGACCACUGCUGCAUUCCGGAAGGCUCCGAAGAAGAAAUUUGA